AUGGAAAUACCACGAGAAAUUAUAAAAUGGUUGCAGUAUUUAAAUCUGCCUUAUUCGUUUAGAAAUAUUAAAAACGCUAGCAAUGGCGUAAUCGUCGCGGAAAUUAUAAACGUAUACCUGCCCCAGACCAUCAAUAUGAACAGCUUGGAAAAUGGUUUUGGAAAAGAAAUAAAAAAAAAAAACUGGCAAGUCAUAAAACGAACAUUAACAAGUUUAAGCAUAUAUUUCGAUGAAACGGCUGUUAUUAAUUCGGACAAAGAUGCCAUAAUAAAUUUGUUCGUUCAGUUGUACGAACAUUUCAAUGGGAAAAAAAUAAAAAACGAGCUCUACUGCAGUAAGGAAGAAAGUAGCGCGUUGUCUGUUCCGUCAUUUGCCAGGUCUACCAUAACACAGAAAGUCCGCGAAAGCAACGUCCACGACAUUGUCGACGAAGAGAAAAAAAUGAUGAGCACCUACGAAAUAAUAAAAAGGGAGGAAUACCAAAACGCAAUGAUGAGAAUGCGGGAAAAGGAAGAAAAAGAAAACAACAACAAAAUAAAACAUAAGGGGAAAAAAACGGGUCUAAAUGAGACGUCGAUUUUUCAGGGACUCGAAAAAAGUAGCAGUAUCAUAACCAUAAAUGAUAUUAGCAACUACAUGGAUUACACUGACAUCAAAACGCUUGACUCAUUCAUCAAAGACAAAAACAACUUGAAAUCAGCGGCGUUUAUGAAAAGCAUGAAACUAACCAACGAGGGUGAAUGUCAACCGGUACACAAAAAGGGAUAUACAGACGAAAACGUAGAGGACAUCAUAACGGAAGUUUUAUCGGAAAGUUUAUCCGAUUACAAGAUCGAAAAAAAUGACGAAAAUGACGAAAAAAAGGAUGACAAAAAUGUGUCUCUACGCCCCGCUAACAUGAUGAAGGGGGUUUAUAAAUAUGCCACCCUUGAGCCAUACGAUGAGGAAGGUGCAAAUAAUUUGUACCAAAAGUUCUAUGCCCUGUGUGCCUUGAAAAAGCAAGAAUUGAUAGACAAAAUACUGAACGAACUGACACUCUUUAAUGAGAACUUUUACCUAAUCCUGUCCUUGAGGGGCGCAAAGUGCGACUGCGGAGUUUUUACAUCCAUUAUGAAUUAUCUAAAGCAGCUAUUGGGUUAUCUCAAAAUAAAUGACACGACGACGAGUGAAAUAAUUUGCAACAUAAUAUUGAAAGGCAUGUUCGUGCUAGACACCGGGAGGAAUAAAAACAUCCGAAGUUUCUGCGAACUGAUAAUUUUGUUGAUCAACAACGAUAGGCAUUCAUUGAUGAACAUUUUGAGGAUGAUCAAAGAUACCAUGUCGUUGGAUUUCUUUUACCUUUUCUUGCUGACCCUGUUGAGCGGCAUGGCCAAUUCGUUCAUACGUCAAAAGGACGUGAAAGACAUCUACCUCUACUACCUAUUCGUUGGACUGCACACAAACAGAGAGAACAUUAUGUUGUACAGCUUGGAAAUGCUAAACAUGCUUAGUCUGUUGGAUCUCUAUCCCGACAUAGUUCAUCUGGCCGGUCUACUCAAAAACAUACUAGAAAUAAACAACCGAAAUUACGAUACCUAUUUGUUCACCAUUAGCUGCAAUGUGGUAUGCAAAAUGAAGGAGAAUCAGAAGGAAGACCCCUACAACGCAGAACUGGGACAGUUGGUGGAAAUCUGUUUCGAAGUCUUAAGACGCACCAAAGCGAAGAAAUUGUUAUACUUUUUUUUCUUGUACUCCCACAAGAUACUGAGCAUGCAUGACGGUUUUUUUGAUCUUUAUUUGAAGCGAUACAACGAAUUGAGCGACGAGGAACAGAAAGUUCUCCUCAGUAACAACAUUUUCGAAGCGUCAUUUCGGCAAAUAUGCAGCUGCAAAUUUGUCCAGAAGCAUUUUUCGAAUAUCUUUUGCCAGAAGUUAAACAUGCUAAGCGAGGAAAGUAAUGUGUCCCUUUUGCAUUUAUUAUUAACAAAGGAAUAUCUUCUUGCGAAUCUCCAAUUUUUAGAAAAUCUGGAAAUGCUCUCAUAUUUGAAAAUAUACGAAACGAUUUAUGAAUAUAUAAUUCAAAAUGUAUUUUUGGAGAAUUCCCCGGAUUUCGACUUAUCGAAGGAGAUAGUAAUAAAAUAA